ACUCCUCCUACAGAUCUCGAUAAUUGCAUUCAAGUAGAUCUCACAAACACCUACUCAUUUGCCCUAGAUGGCGUCAGAAGAGGAGCUUAGGAUGAUGGAAGCCAUGGGGCUUCCCGUGGGGUUUGGAGCAAAGCCCAAGGACAGGAGUAUUCAUGCCAAAGUGGCCUUUGAGGAAACCAGGAGGAAAACCGAGUCUGAAGCGACGAGCGCACCUGGUGGGACGACCAAGGACACGCCCAAGCAAUUAAAGCCCAACAUAAAUCAAUCAAUAGACCGGCAGGAGUCCUCAGCUGGUGAUGGAGCAAAUAGCGAGGAAAAAUCGGGAAUGAAUCAUGACGACGCUGCGAACGACGACGAGGACGAAGACGAAGACCAUGAGAGCGAUUCCGAUAUCGCUGCGCACGAUGCGGAUACUCUACCUUUGUCGCAUCAGGCAGGGUUGAAGGACCAUGAAAGGACAGUAUGUGCGCUCUCUGUAGACCCAUCUGGUGCUCGAUUUGUGACGGGAGGGCGAGAUUGUUUCGUGAAAUUGUGGGACUUUCACGGCAUGGAUGCAUCGUUACGGCCGUUCCGUUCCUUUGAAGCCGCCAGCGGUAACCCGAUUCGCGACGUUCAAUUUAGCACUACUGGUGAUCAGAUAUUGGUUGCAUCAACUUCAGCUCAAGCAAAGCUAUACGAUCGGGAUGGCAUAGAACUCGAAGAAUACGUUAAGGGCGAUCCGUACAUUCGGGACAUGAGACACACAAAAGGUCAUGUUGCCGCGUUGACUGGAUGUCGGUGGCAUCCUCACGAUAAGGCCACAUUUUUAACGUCUUCACUGGACAGUACCAUAAGAAUAUGGGAUGUGGCAACCAAAAGAGCCCAGAAGCAGGUAAUUUCCGUGAAAUCCAAGCUUCCCGGGGGCAAGACAGCGAUAUCGUCUGCGGCCUACUCUCCAGAUGCCAAGCUCAUCGCCGGAGGGGCUUCCGAUGGUGCAUUGAGGUUAUGGAACACAAACGGACCAUUCUUAAAACCCACCCAUACCAUCGAAGGGGCACAUAUGUCUGGUGCUGCCAUGACUUCAGUUUGUUUCUCUCUCACGAACAACCUUCUCGCGACCAGGGCGAUGGAUGACACUUUGAAACUCUGGGAUAUCCGAAAAUUUACCACCGCAGUUGCAUCAGUCACUGGGCUCGUCAACUUCUUUGAAGAGACUAAUGUGGUAUUCUCACCGAAUGAUCGAUACAUCUUAACGGGGACAUCCGUGAAAAAAGAUGAAGGAGCGGGAAAACUCUGCAUAUUUGAGCGGGACACCUUGACCAAAGUUCAAGAGAUAGACAUCGCGCGAAGUUCGGUGGUGCGAGUGCAAUGGCAUGGGCGCAUAAACCAGAUUUUGACGGGAGUCGGGGAUGGGAGCGUCCAAGUCCUGUAUGAUCCACUUGUAAGUUUGUCUGGGGUCAAAGUGGCGCUCUCCAAACGACCCAAGCAAAGAGCCGCGGAUGAUAUUGACUUGUACAGCGAUGACACCAGCAGGCCGAUUCUUACACCACACGCAUUACCAAUGUUUCGCGAUGAUCAACCCAAGAGCACCAAACGGAGAAGAGAAAAGCUUCGCUCCGACUCCGUCGCAACACGUAAACCAGAUAUGCCUUUAUCUGGACCAGGUCGUGGCGGGAAGCUGGGAACUAACCUGACGCAGCACAUCCUUAAAGGCAUUAUUAAGGACACAUCGCGUGACGAGGAUCCCCGUGAAGCCAUUCUGAAGCACGCGAAGGACGCAGAGGAAAAUCCAUAUUGGAUUGCCCCUGCUUACCAAAAGAAUCAACCGAAAGCAAUAUAUGCUGAGCAAGUGUACGAAGAUGAGGAUGAAGCUGCCCGGGCGGCCGCCAAGAAGAGGCGACAAUGAUUACAUCUCAAACGUCAUUUUACAAUCCCAUCUGAUGGUUAUCCAUCAAUGUGAGACAUGCGGGCUUUAGGGAAGAGCGUGCCGAAAGCUCUCUGGCACCGCAAAAAAAGACUGCGCCGCCACAUCACCCUAGUCGUCUAGAUUGUAAUGCAGACAGAUAGGCUAUCUCUUUAGCUAUGUCGUUACGCUACCCUUUCCCCCAAUCUCGUAUCCCAAACCCGCACCGUUUUAUCAAAAGAACAUGAUAUUAGCCGCUCUGCAUCGGCAUCAAAUGAAAUGCCUCUAAUCACGUCUGUAUGGCCUUCGAGCUUUCUCAUGAUUUGAC